UGGCCCGACGAAAAGGAACCCACGGUAGGCCUGGCCAGCAGCGUGCGAUGCCUCUCUUCGGCAACUCCUUCAGCCCGAAGAAGACGCCCCCCAGGAAAUGGGCCUCGCUGUCCAACCUGCACCUGCUGGAUAGAUCUACCCGUGAGGUUGAGCUGGGCCUGGAAUACGGUACCCCCACAAUGAACCUUGCUGGCCAGAGCCUGAAGUUUGAAAAUGGCCACUGGGUUUCAGAAUCAGGAAGCUUCCUGGGGGAUCGCAGGGAACUUCAGCGCUUGCGCAAACGAAACCAACAGCUAGAGGAAGAAAACAACCUACUUCGGCUGAAAGUGGACAUUCUGCUGGACAUGCUCUCUGAGACCACGGCCGAGUCCCACCUCAUGGAGAAGGAGCUGGAGGAGCUGAAGCAGCAUAACCGGAGGAAGAAGUGAACAAGAGGUGGCCAGGCUGGUCUUGGCCCACGGGAUGCUGGGGCUGGCUUGGGCCUCCCAGCCAUGUUGGUACUGUGUGGAGGUACUUUGUUUCACAGGACCACGGGUGCCGAGAUGUCUCCAGCAUUGUGUGGUGCCGUGGGUACUGCUAAUGGUUGGUUUGGCACCACAGUGCUGUUCAUUAACACGGUUUUCCUCAGAGCACUUUACCUUGCUACGUUUCCUCACUGCAGCCCAGCUUAGGUACCCUCUUCUCUAAGGCAGCCGGACAACAGGCAGUGGAGAAGAUCCGUCUCCAUGAGGGCUGCUCCUCGCCCUCUCUGCUUAUCGAAGUGGGGAGACCUCUGCCCGCUCCCCCUGGAGAGCCCGCAGGUGCUUGUACAAACCUCACCGUCUGCCUUGGGCGAGCAGGAUGCUGGAGUUGCUCGUUCUGAGAGUUUUACGUAUUUUACAUAAAACCAUG